UUUAUGCUAUUUUAUUAUCUGUGUUUUGUAAAAUAAAUAAGUAAUAUGUUAUAAAUUUUUGCAAAUUUCUUCUUCAAUUAUCAGUACUUAAUAUUUGUAGAUAAUUGAAUUUCAAGAAUGUUCGAAGCAAAAAACUAUCAACUAAUCAAAACAGAAUCAGUCGAAAUGGGCGAUACCACAGAAAGUAACCAAACAACAAUAAAACAAGAAUUCGAUGAUAUUGAAAUCAUAGAGUCACAUGAAGAUAAUAAAACCACUGAACAAGUCUCUGAAGAAAGACCUCACAAAUGCACAAUUUGCAACAAAGCCUUUUCCAGAGCUUUUCACCUAAAAGAACACAUGGCAGUCCACAGUUCAGACAGACUCUUCAAUUGCACAGAAUGUAAUAAAUCCUACAAAUUCCAAGCAGCUUUACGAAAACACAAGCUAAGCCACACCGGUGAACGUCCCUCUGUUCGCAAAAUCUGCAACAAAGGCUUCACCAAUACGAGAACCUUACCAAAACACCUGAGUGCUCCUGCAAGAGUACGAGCACACACUUGCGAAAUAUGUAACCGAUCAUUCUUCAGCAAAGGUAAUUUAGACCAGCAUCUAUUUUCACACAAAGGGGCCCGGCCUCAUAAAUGUGAAAUAUGCGAGAAAAAAUUUAUUAGUAAAAGUAAUUUGAAUCAACAUGUGCUCACACAUAACAAUGAUAAGCCUUUUGUUUGUGAAAUCUGUGACAAAGCUUUUAGGAAACCGUGGUUGCUAAAAGCACAUAUGACUUCUCAUAAUGCAAAACCAAUGCAAACUAAUCCUUAUAAGUGUGAAGUGUGCAAUCAAGUUUACUCGCAAGCCGGUUAUUUGAGAAUACACAUGGCUACUCAUACCGGGGAACAACGCCCACAUAAGUGUGAUAUAUGUCAGCAAGCAUUCAGUUAUUCUAUUCUUUUAACGAGACACAAGAAAUUACAUUUGAAGGAGAGAGGAGAUGGAAAAUAAUGAUACUAUUUUGUACAGGAACUAGUGGUGUAUGGCAUUGUAUCUUAAGGCUGGAACUUCCUGUACUGUAAUGAAAUAUUUGAGAUAUAUUAAAUGUAAUAAAUACUGCCACUUAUAUAUGUUUACAGAAAAGU